AUGGAGUUGAUCCAGCGUUCAAGAUGGUACACUUUGUACGGAAAGUACAAAGGGACACUUAUGAUUGCUAUGGUGAUAGAUGCAAAUUCUCAGUUGCUCCCACUUACCUUUGUCGUUGUGGAGGGAGAGAGCAAUGACACAUGGAGUUGGUUCCUGGAUUGUAUAAGGCAUUAUGUCACUAAGAGGGACGGCUUGUGUGUUAUAUCUAAUCAUUACAACAGAAUUUUUCAUGCAAUAAAUAGAGUUUUGAAAAGGUUGGGAAGAGCCAUAUGCAUUUCAUCGAUGAAGAUUCGGAAGUAUAAUUUCUAUAUAAAUUGCCUUAAAGAGCAUAAUGAGGACGCGUACAAGUACUUAGUGGAUGGUUCUAUUCCUGAGCGCCAAUGGACUUUGAUUCAUGAUGGUGGGCAUCGAUACGGAGUGAAAACUACAAACAUGUCGGAAGCGUUCAAUGGCGUAAUGAAGAGGGAAAGGUGUCUCCUAAUCACUUCAUUGGUUAGGAUGACAUUCUUCCGGGUUAACGAAUACUUUGCUACAAGGAGAGAUUUAGGGAUAAACAGAUUAGAGAAUGGACAUGUGAUAUAUGACACAGUACGUGGGACAUUUGAGGUCACCACUGGUCGUGGCAAUAGGAUAGCUUCAAAAGGUGGAAAAUGCUACAUGGUUUACCUCACAACAACAUCAUGCUCUUGUCAGAAACCAACCAUGUUUAAGUUACCGUGCUUACAGGUUCUUGCAGUAUGUCGAGCUCACAUGUUCACUUGCGAUCCUUGGAAUGGUCCUAUAGUUGUUCUAGAUCCCUCAACUAAGCGUGGAAAGGGUCGUCCGCGAUCAACUCGUAUACGGAACGAAAUGGAUGCGCCAUUGACGCGUCCUCGCGACACACAUGAGCUUAGCUGUCUGGGAGGGCUCCACUACCCAGUUGGUUACUCGUCAGUACUACCAGACGAGUACGUCACAUUGGGAGGUGGAUGA